CGGCCCUAAUCUGGUGAUAGCGGAGAUAGAGGUGUGGAGAGCGCAGCUCGAGCGAGUCAGUUUCAGCGUAGCGUGCGAGGAACACACAAGCUCUACCAUGGCGGCCGGUCUGAGAUGCGGGAGCACUACUAUAAAGUACCUCCUCUUCUUCUUUAACUUCAUUUUCUGUCUCUGCGGGCUGGCGCUUCUUGUUCUGGGCGUGCUCGGCACCUUGAGAAGCAUAGACUCAGAUCAGAUCGCUAACCUCAAGAACUCCUUCAUCGUUAUCUGCGUCGUAGGCGGGGCUAUCUUCGUCAUAUCCUUCUGCGGUUGCUGCGGGGCAGUUCGGGAAAGCAACUGUAUGCUUGUUACGUUCGCCGUCCUACUGCUAACCAUCAUUAUAUGUGAGGUGGCCAUCGCAAUCGUACUUUUCGUUAACAUCGGUGGCAUCCCGGAGGCUGUACAGCUCGUUUUUAAGGACGCAAAGGAAAAUAAGAACACCGCCUCUAUGGAAACUGUUAACUGGAUACAGACAAAUUUCAAGUGUUGUGGGACAAAAGACGCUUCCUUCUGGGAGGGCAAAAUUCCGGACUCAUGCUGCGAUAGCGGAAAGUGCGACACGAAGACCACUUAUAGCGAUGGGUGCUCGAAAACGUUCUCCGAUGGUUUGAAGAUGAUCGGGAAGGCACUGGGUGCGGUCGCCAUCGCCUUCGCCGUGAUUGAGGUUAUUGGAGUUUGGUUUGCUUUGGCUCUGGCUGGUGAAAUCAAAAAGCUUUCCAGAUAAACAAUCGACCAUUAAAACUGUGUCCGAAGGGAGGGAUUUAUUUAAGACCAAAGAUCUAUCGUAUGCUGAUUUCAGCCCCAUAUCUGUUACCAACCGAAAUAAAAAAUGCAUUUUUUUUUA